AACGGAGAAUGAAACCCCAAGGGAGAAACGUGGCGCAGCUCCGCCUUCAAAUCCCGGUCGCUUCCUCCUCUUCGCUGUCGGGGCGCCGCCGCUUUUGAAUCCCUUCUCCGUUUCCAGCGGGAAAUCCCUCUCGAAUUCCGCGGUUCCUUGGCUCGUACCUGUUUCCGGCGAUGGAUUCGGCCGGCGGCGGAGCGUACAGCUCUCGCACCGCUGAGGAGGUGUUCCGCGACUUCAGGGGUCGGAGAGCUGGGAUGAUUAAGGCGCUUACUACUGAUGUCGAGAAGUUUUAUAAGCAGUGCGACCCGGAGAAGGAGAACCUAUGCCUUUACGGGCUUCCAAAUGAGACUUGGGAAGUAACCUUGCCUGCUGAAGAAGUACCUCCAGAACUUCCUGAGCCAGCUUUGGGAAUUAACUUUGCAAGAGAUGGCAUGGAAGAGAAAGACUGGCUUGCUCUUGUUGCGGUCCAUAGUGACGCAUGGUCACUUGCUGUUGCCUUCUAUUUUGGGGCCCGCUUUGGAUUUGACAAGGAAUCCAGGAGGCGACUUUUUAAUAUGAUCAAUAAUCUUCCUACUAUAUAUGAAGUUGUAACUGGAACUGCCAAGAAACAGUCCAAGGAAAAGACCUCAAAUAGCACCAGCAAGAGAAAGGCGAGCUCUAAAAUCGGCGAGUCCCAGCCCAAGGUGGCAAAGAUACUACCACCUCCAAAGGAAGACGAAGACAGCAGCACGGAUGAUGAGGAAGAUGAAGACGAGCACGAGAACACCUUAUGUGGUGCAUGCGGUGACAAUUAUGCCCACGACGAGUUCUGGAUAUGUUGCGACGUAUGCGAAAAGUGGUUCCAUGGGAAAUGUGUGAAGAUCACUCCUGCCCGAGCGGAGCACAUAAAACAGUACAAAUGCCCGAGUUGCAGUGCCAACAAGAGGGCUAGAGCUUAAAGCAGCAAAUGUAUCUGCCUCUUAGAUGGUUAAUCAAUAGGGCCAAGACAUCAAUUUCAUGCUGCAAGGAGCAGACAACUUAAGCAAUUCGAUUAUUUGUGUGCCUGUUUCGGUAGUUUGUUUGUUAGGAGUUGUGAUUAAAAUUUAGGGUUCGUGUUAGGUAAUCUUUUGUUGUUAGGGAUUCAGAUUAGCAAAAUGCUGUAUUUACUACUCAAACUAAUUCAGAUGUGUGCUUGCAUUGUGGCCCUGACAGUUUAGAUUUUGAGUAUAUUUUAGACCAAAUUAACAA